AGCCUAAAGUUUGUCUUGCCUGUGUUUGUGUUCGAGGCCCCAGAGUCGCCAGCGAUGGGCCUGUAAAAAUAAUCAUAUUCAACGCUUCAGAUGCAUUUAAUAUUUUACCGUAAUAUAUUGUGUGGGUUUUAAUCAUUACAACACGCUUGAGUCUUUAACUGUUUUAUCACGCAGACAUUUUUGUGACUGUUAAUCAGUUUAGUAACGCCGCUUCUGUUUGGGGUCUGUUUGAAAAACGCAUACAAAAAGACAAUAAAACCAAUCAAAAUGAACAACUACAGCCAGACGGUGAUAUAACUUUUGAAGUGUUCAGUAACAUGUAGUUUAUAAUCAGUGUGACUCUUGAAUGUGUGUGUGUUGUGAUCUGAUAAAAAUAGUGCCAUUACUGUUACAUGUGCUCUUAUUCUCCGCCCGUCUCUCUCUCUGUCUCUCUCUCUCUAUGUUCCAGCAGAUGGAAAGUCUUUUCUGAGCAGAUUCUGAUGUAAAUCUCAAGUGGAAAAUAGAAGUGGCGAUGUCUCCAGGAGAGGACGGUCUAAUCGGGAUCCCCUUCCCGGAGCACAGCAACGAGCUGCUGUCUCGUCUCAAUGCCCAGCGGCGGACCGGGCUGCUCUGCGACCUCACGCUGACGUCACAUGGCGCACGCUACCCCACGCACCGCUCCGUCAUGGCCGCGGUCAGCCUGUACUUCCGGCGUCUGUUCGGGGCGGAGGAGGGCGAGGAUGGAGACGAGGGCGUGGGCGACAGCUGCAGUGUCUGUCAGCUGGACUGUGUGUCUCCUGACGCUCUGGCCGCGCUGCUGGAGUUCGCCUACACCGCCACGCUGACCAUCCGCAGCUCGGGCAUGCGUGAGGUCCUGAAGGGCGCGCAGCUGCUGGGGAUCCAGUGCGUGGCUGACGCCUGCCGAGACAUUUUGGGCGAGACGGGCGACAAUCCAACAAACCAGCAGCUGCCAUCCCGCCGCAAGCAGGACCGAUGCUACGUGACCCGAGCCGUGUCUCCCGUGAGGCCGGUGUGGCGGAGUCCUGAAGACACGCCCGAGUGCGGGCUGCUUCCGGCGCAAGGGCGAGAAGGACACCCGCCGCCUGCCGAGGUACAAGACGGAGACACACGCGCUUCCCACCUGGGGCGCCUCAUGAACGGAAGCUCACACUGGUCACAGGAGUUCACCCCGAUCCCACACAGACCCGAAGACACGCCCUCAGAGGAGGAGGAGUCCGGAGCGCAGGGGCGGGCCACACCCCACCACAGCCAAUCACAGGGGGGCGGAGCAUCGGCCGGAAGCGGCAGGAAGAGGAAGUCUCAGACGCCUCAGCAGUGUCCCGUAUGUCAGAAGAUCAUCCACGGGGCGGGAAAGCUGCCGCGGCACAUGAGAACACACACGGGAGAGAAACCGUUCCAGUGCUCGGCCUGCGGCGUCCGCUUCACACGGAACGACAAGCUGAAGAUCCACAUGCGGAAGCACACGGGCGAGCGGCCGUAUCCGUGUCCCAGCUGCCCCGCGCGGUUCCUGCACUCCUACGACCUGAAGAACCAUCUCUCGCUGCACAGCGGGGACCGGCCCUUCGAGUGUCCGCUGUGCCACAAGGCUUUCGCCCGCGAGGACCAUCUGCAGCGCCACAGGAAGGGCCACAGCUGCCUGGAGCUCCGCACGCGCCGCCCGCGCCGCGGGACUGAUCCCAGGGGAUCCCCGCCGUCUGAAUCCUUCGGCCAGCAGCAUCUGGAUCACAUGAGCGUCGCGGCGGCUGCACAGCUCCUCGAGGGCCACGGCGGCCCCAUGCAAGGUGUCCCGCUGCUGACGGGGGCCCGCAUGCCCUACCCCGAGCUGCUGUGGCGGGCCGUCGUGGGGCCGGUGGGAAAAGCCCUGGAUAAAGCCGAAGGAGGUUCAUCUCCACACGGGAGCGCAUCGGUCACGCAUAGAACAUGGGAGGAGGAAGAUGAGGAGCAGGAAGCUGCUGGGGAGGAGGAAGAGUGACCACGUGUGUGUGAGAGUGUGUGUGUGUGUGUGAGUGUGUGUGUGCGUGUGUGUGUGUGAGAG